AGGUGAACAAAGAUCUGUAUGUAAUGAUGAGAUGCUCAUGUCACUCAAUCCUGACAAUAAAAAUCAUUGUCCCAAAAGUAGGAAUGCAGGCGACAAGAUUAGGUCCGAAAUAAAUCCAUUGAAAUGUAUCGGGAUUAUUUUGGACAGAUUUUUGGCGAGUGUAACCUCUCGCUUCGCCUCAUCCUCUCUGAGGUUACUUUGUUUUGAUUUUGAACGUUAUUGUUGUGGAGUAAAGAAAGACCUAGUUAGCUACUGACUGAACUAAAUAGGCUACCCAACUCCCAGUCGUCUGAAAUAUGUCUAAACUACAGUUUUCUCGUGUGUUUUUAAAUGAGCGCUUAACUACGGCUGCUGUGGAGAUUUUCGGUGCAGUUGAGAAAACGGUAGUGGAGUACCAGGAGGAGAAUGAUCGGCUACGGAGACUGCUGCGGAUCACACCGGAGAUACAACUAUGUAGAAUAGACUCCCUGCAGCUCUCUGUCUCUGAAGAGGAGGUUCCCCCUGAGCAGCAGCACUGUGAGCAGGAGUGGAGCCCCAGUCUGGGACAGAAGAACCCAGAGACCAAACAGAUUAAAGAGGAACAGGAGGAAGUCAGGACCAGUCAGGAGGAAGAGCAGCUUCAAGGGCUCGUUGAUACUAAAGCCUCCAUAUCCACUACUUCCUGUGUGAAAAGUGAAUGUGAUCUGGAGGACCCAUGUCAAGAAGCCGUAGUCGCCGAACACCCAACUCUCAAUCCACUGAAAACGUCUAAACUACAGUUGUUUCGUGUGUUUUUAAAUGAAUGUUUAACGGCAUCUGCUGCUGAGGAGAUUUUUGGUGCGAUUGAGAAAACUGUAGCAGAGUACCAGGAGGAGAAUGAUCUGCUACGGAGACUGCUGCGGAUCACACCGGAGAUAAAACUAUGUAGAACAGACUCCCUGCAGCUCUCUGUCUCUGAAGAGGAGGUUCCCCCUGAGCAGCAGCACUGUGAGCAGGAGUGGAGCCGCAGUCUGGGACAGAAGAACCCAGAGACCAAACAGAUUAAAGAGGAACAGGAGGACGUCAGGACCAGUCAGGAGGAAGAGCAGCUUCAAGGGGCGGAGCCUGAUAUCAUAGGGUUCAUUUUCUCUCCUUCCUGUGUGAAAGGUGAAUGUGAUCAGGAGGACCAAACCCAGACUGUGGAGAACAGAGAGAGAGACUCUAAACCAGUGGAUCUCAAACCUUUUCUCACUGUGACCCACAUUAAGGGUCUCAACAUUCCCUGUGACCCUCCAGAUAAUCAAAACAAUGCCUCCAGCCACAGUUCAGCUGUAAAUAGCGACCCAGUAGGACUUGACAGCAGCCCACCAUUGGCUCCCAGUCCACCAUUGGAUCCCAGUCCACCACUGGAUCCCAGCCCACCAUUGGAGAAACACUGUUCCAAACCCAGCACCACGUCUAGAAAAACUUACCACUGCCGUGACUGUGGUGAAACUUUUGCUCUGAAAGCUGACCUGCAGAGGCAUAUGACUCUCACCAAGAAGAGACUCAGUGAAUGCAGCUUCGGCAAUAAACACUACAACUCCACCUGUAAACUGAAGGCCAAUGUCCAACUCUGUCACAGUGGGAAACCCUGCACCUGUCCAGUUUGUGGCAAGACCUUCAAAUACAAAGGAGGUCUCCCCAGGCACAUGAGGAUUCACAAAGGAGAGAAACCCUUUAUCUGUGGUGACUGUGGGAAAAGCUUCAAUCAGAAGGGGAACCUAACUGAACAUGUAUUGAUUCACACAGGAGAGAAACCUUUUAGCUGUGGUGACUGCGGGAAAAGCUUUGGGCUCAAGCGGUACCUAACCAUGCAUAAACUGACUCACACAGGAGAGAAACCAUUUAGCUGUGGAGACUGCGGGAAAAGCUUUAAUCGCAAGGCUGUCUUAACUAUGCAUAUACGUACUCACACAGGAGAGAAACCAUUUAUCUGUGGUGACUGUGGGAAAAGCUUCCGGCAUAAGGGCUGCCUUAAGAUACAUGUACUGACUCACACAGCAGAGAAACGAUUUAGCUGUGAAGACUGUGGGAAAAGCUUCAAUAAGAGGGGGAACCUAAAAGUGCAUAUACGGACUCACACAGGAGAGAAAUCUUUUAGCUGUGGAGACUGUGGGAAAAGCUUCAAUACUAGGGGGAACCUAACCAGACAUGCACGGACUCACACCAGAGAUAAUUCCUUUCGCUGUGGUGACUGUGGGGAAAGCUUCAAUGAGAAGGGGCACCUAAAUGAACAUAUACGAACUCACACAGGAGAGAAACGAUUUGUCUGUGGUGACUGUGGGAAAAGCUUUAAGCAUAAGGGGUGCCUUAAAAUACAUAUAUUGUCUCACACAGGAGAGAAACCAUAUAGGUGUGGUGACUGUGGCGAAAGCUUCAAUGAGAAGGGGCACCUAAAUGAACAUAUACAGACUCACACAGGAGAGAAACCUUAUAGCUGUGGUGACUGUGGGGAAAGCUUCAAUCAGAAGGUGGACCUAAAGAGGAAUAUACGGAUUCACACAGGAGAGAAACCACAUGGCUGCUCCGUCUGUGGUAAAAGAUUCACUCAGAAGUCUCAUCUGCUGAGGCAUGUGGAUAAAAUCCACAAAGGAAGAAAACAGGACAGAAACUGAAAGAGGAAAGAACAUUCGGACAAAGAGAUUGUCUGUUAGGAAGCAACAGCGAUAUGGCCCUCAUCAAAUAUGCAGGUCAAGUCCAUCUCCAGCUACUCCCAGUUCAUUGACUGCCUCUUGACGUGGUUUGACAAUAGCUUCCUUGACCUUAACGUCAGUCACAAAGACCAAAAAACUGUGCCUUGGAGGAAAUCAAUUUGGGGAAAAUGAAAGCCCUUCUCUUGAGCCUGUCAACAUGUAAGGACGUGGAGCAAGUCACACAUUUUAAAUACUUGGGGACAAUUUUCGAACACAAACUUGGCUUCUAGUAAUACACUGACCUCAUCUACAAAAAGGCAAGGCCGUUUCUUUCCCUACUUAAGACAGUAUGACAUUUUAAUGCAAGCAAACUCACACUGAUCGUGGUACACAAAUACCAGAUUGAGUGUUCUCAAUUACAAUUCUGGUACCUCUCAGUGAUGUUUAAUUGUUUUUAUUAUAUGUACUUUUCUGCUCUUUUGUACACCAGUAUCUCUACUUGCACAUCAUCAUCUGCUCAUUUAUCACUCCAGUGUUAAUCUGCUCAAUUGUAACUUCUCUACUAUGGCCUAUUUAUUGCCUACCUCCUCAUGCCUUUUGCACACACUGUAUAUAGACGUUAUUUUUUCUACUGUGUCAUUGACUUGACUUUUUUCAAACAAUCAUCUUUAUUUAAUAUCGAUUAAUUAUUGCAAUAAUGAAGCUGGUCGACCCCACACUCUGGAGUGUGUUGCCGAGAGCUUAACUUAAAUAUUUAUUGUGUUUCCUUCCUUCUGACAUGUAAAUGUUUGAUGUGUUUCUUUCUGACAUGUAAAUAUUUCAUGUGUUUCAUUCUGACAUUUCAUUCUGACAUGUAAAUGUUUGUGUUUCAUUCUGACAUGUAAAUAUUGAAUGUGUUUCAUUCUGACAUGUACAGUGGGGAGAACAAGUAUUUGAUACACUGCCGAUUUUGCAGCAGGUUUUCCUACUUACAAAGCAUGUA